GCUAGCUUUUUUUCUAAAUAUGGAACAUUAUUUGGCACAGAAUUGGGUAGAAAAUGGCAGAUGAGCUUGAGAGAAAUGGCUCAACAUUGGACCCAACACGGACUAAAAACUGUAAUUAUUUUUAUCUUCUAUCUGAAUCAUGGGCUCAGCAGUUCGCUCCAGAGCGUUUCCGAAGAACAGUUCCUGGCCGAGCUGGGCGACGACGAUUCGCCAGACGGUCGCCGACAGUCGCUGGCCACACGGCGGCCACCGCCCCUGCGCAGCCGACCGCCGUACCUCGGUAUGUACGGGGCGCCCGCCGGGUCCAACCACCACCAGCAGCACCUCGGUAGCAGCGGGCCCGAGACGAGCGACAACGAGAUUUACGACUCGGACGAAAGCAACCGGCUCCGGACACCGCUCGACCGUGGGCCCCACUUCGAUCUGUCCACCUCCAAGAACAUCACGGCGCUGGUCGGCAAAACGGCGUACCUCAACUGUCGCGUCAAAAAUCUGGGCAACAAAACGGUCUCGUGGGUGCGGCACCGGGACAUUCAUCUCUUAACCGUAGGUAGAUUCACCUAUACUUCCGACCAGCGAUUCCAGGCUGUACAUAAUCCCCAGAACGAUGACUGGUCGCUGCAAAUUAGAUACCCUCAGAAGCGGGACACCGGAGUGUACGAGUGUCAGAUCUCGACGACGCCACCAGUCGGCCACUCGAUGUAUCUCUCCGUCGUCGAGCCCAUCACCACGAUCGUCGGUGUACCGGAUCUGUACAUCAACACCGGCUCCACUGUAAAUUUAACCUGUAUAGUACGCAACUCGCCCGAACCACCCUCCACCAUCAUGUGGACCCACAACAACCAGGAGAUCAACUACGACUCUCCGCGGGGCGGAGUGUCCGUCAUCACGGAGAAGGGUGAAACCACCACGUCCUACUUGCUGAUCCAGCGCGCCCGGACAACCGACACGGGCAAGUACGUGUGCUCGCCAUCGAACGCGGACCCGGCCACGAUCAAUGUGCACAUCUUGAACGGAGAACAUCCGGCGGCAAUGCAGCACGGGGGCCAGCUGCGGAUAGGCGAUCCCCUGCACGUGUUCGUCCUGUGGCUGAUCAGCUUCCUGAUGGGGCGCCGAUGAGAGUGAGGUGUUGGUUGCUGUGGACACCGCCGGACACCGCGCUGCGACCCCGUACACAUCAAAGUGCUGUUUGGCAGGCGCUGUUUGAUCAAAGCCGGGAAUUUGGAGCUAAUUAAACUGAACGACAACCGUUGACCAAAAAACGCCAAGCGUUUCGGGGUGGGCAGGGCUGUAGGAUAAUUUAAUUUGCGGUCACAAUGAUUGAUUGUGAGAGUAAAGUGUGGGCGCGAUUUUACCUCCCAUUUUUUACCAUUAGAUAAUUGCAAUGCGUCGCGUUACACUCACAUAUACACACACACCGGAACAUGUCAAUCGCCAGCGGUCCGGCGGACGUGUGCUAGUGUUUGCGGUUCCGGCAUUAUGUUUGCCACCUAAACAAAAAAUCCGAAAAGCGCACCGGAGGCCCCCGUGUCAUAAGAGCGCGUAAUGCAAUUUUAAUUGAAAGGUUCGUGCGAUCAUUAGGCAAAACAACUCUGUUUGGCCCCGGAGUGAUUGUUUUGUUAAACAAACGUUAAAACGCCAUUAAAUCACGUUGCGAAUGGGCACGGUUUUUGAUUGGGCCCUCAUACUUUUCAAUCAACAUAUUUCACCGUGAACGCGUGUCGGAGGUAAUGGAGGUGCGUUAUUUAAGAAAAAUAAUAAAAACGAUGAACCGGUUGCUCGACACCGGUCACAGCCGUUGA